UUGUGAGUCCCGUUGCGAAAUGAACGCGAUCCAAAGAAAAGAUAUUGAAUUUGAUCCCAAUGACAAACUUGGAAAAGGAUCUUUCGGAGCGGUAUACAAAGGCAAAUAUAAAGGCAAAGAUGUUGCCAUAAAAAAAAUCUCGUCUAAUAUCGAGCACGGGAAUAUACAACGCGAACCCUUCUACAUGUCUAUGGUCCGUGACCAUGCCAACUUCGUUAAAUUAUACGCAAUGGUCAUGGAGAGAACCGAAACUCUUUUGGUUAUGGAGUACAUAUCCGGUGGAAGCUUAUAUGAUUUUCUACACAAGACAGAAGAAGAAUUAACGUACUCCAAUGCCAUUAAUUUGUUGUGUCAAGCAGCUGAGGCAUUGGCUUAUCUCCAUGCAAUGUCAGAGCGACCUGUUAUUCAUCGUGAUGUCAAGAGUCUGAAUAUGUUGGUGGACGCCGAGCGAAAAAACUUAAAAAUUUGCGAUUUCGGUUUUGUAAGGCAGUCGAGAACUGAAAUGACUGAGGCACGAGGUACUCUCAUUUAUAUGGCGCCUGAAGUUUUCAAAGGCAAAAUGUACGCUGCUAAAUGUGAUGUGUACAGCAUGGGCAUUACGAUUUGGGAAAUUCUGGCGCGUAAGAGGCCUUACUACUUUCUGGGCGACAUCUCAAUUAAUGAGUUCAAUGAACAAAUCGACAAAGGUCUACGGCCCUCUCUGGAUGAUCUUGAAUUUGAUUGUCCGGAUGAAUUAAAAACCUUAAUUCAAAGCUGCUGGGAUAAAGACGCUGAUGCUCGUCCCACCAUGCAGGAGGUUGUGAAAGAAUUGCAAAAGUAAUUGCUGACUGCUGUUCACCAGGUCACCAGCAUA